AUGGAAGAUGAUGACUUCGGAGAUCUCUACACGGACGUGCUCACAACGACGUUUCAAGCCUCCCAGCCGCAAAAUGAUGCGCCGGCAGCUGGGAACAAAUCGACGUCGUUCCAGGGUCGCUCGAUUGAUCUGAACGUCAAUAGUGAUGAUGAAGAGAUUAUUCUCGAAGCUCAAGAUUCUAAGAAUUUUAAUUCCCAAUCUGCCGAUGGAUUGAAUUUGAGUGUCGCAAUUGAAGGAAAAUCCCUACCCGAAACGACAGGGUUUGAUUUGAAUUUGGAUUCCAAUCAAGAGGGAAAGGGAAUUCCAGGUUUAUCUGGGAACGAGGGUGGUGAGGUGAUGUUUAGAGCUAGGGUUUUAGAGAAGGGUGAGGGGGUGAAAUUACCGGAAUCGACUUCUGCAGGCUCGAAUUUUACAGCGGAGGAGGAGAAUGAUAUUAAUAUCGUAGUGGAAGAGGGAGACAAUAAGGUCUACAACUUGGUCGAGAUAGAUGAAAACAUGAAGAGCGUAAAUGAAAACACCAAUAAUUCAGGGGACCAGAAGAAAGAGAGUGUUAAUUUCGCCAGCGAAAGUGGAGUUGGAGAAAUUGUCUCGGAGCCAGUGAUUCCGGGAUUGUCAGGUGAGCCCGAGAAUCGUGGUGGAGCAGAUUUUGAGGACGAGUGGGACAGUGAAGAAAGUGAAGAUGACUUGCAGAUAGUGUUGAACGAUAACAAUCACGUGCCAAUGGGAAUGGAAAGAAUGGCGGGAAUGGAUGACGAUGAUGACGAUGAUGGAGAGCCACUAGUGAUCGUUGCGGAUGAUGGUGACACGGGCCACCACCACUUACAGAUGACGGAGGAGCAAGUGUGGGAUGGUGAGGAUAUGGGGCCUGGGGCAGAGGGAGAGAGGAAGGAGUUGGGUGAGGCAGCCAAAGCAAGUGGAGGAGGGGCAGUGGCUGCAACAGUAGUGCAGCCUAAGAUUGGGUUCAGCAAUCAUGCUUACCAUCAUCCUUUCCAUUCACAAUUCAAGUACGUGAGACCUGGUGCAGCGCCUAUGCCUGGAGCAGCUCCUGUGGGACCUGGUGGAACCCCUGGUCAAGUUCGUCCAACUGUCCCCAUUGGCCCUACUGCUGGACGUGGUAGAGGUGAUUGGCGACCAUCAGGAAUAACUGGUGCUGUCCCCAUGCAGAAAGGUUUUCGUCCAGGUUAUGGAAUGCCUGGUUGGGGAGCUAAUGCAGCAGGGCGUGGUUUUGGAAGUGGAUUGGAUUUCACUCUACCAUCACACAAGACCAUAUUUGAAGUUGAUAUCGAUAGUUUUGAGGAAAAAUCAUGGAGACUUCCGGGCAUUGAUGUCUCGGACUUUUUCAACUUCGGCUUAAAUGAGGACACCUGGAAAGAUUAUUGCAAACAACUGGAACAACUCCGCAUUGAGACGACUAUGCAAAGCAAGAUUCGUGUCUAUGAAAGUGGAAGAACAGAACAGGAGUAUGAUCCUGAUCUUCCCCCCGAGCUUGCAGCUGCAGUCGGCAUCCAAGAUAUUCCAUCUGAAAAUGCAAAUCUUAGAACAGAUGCUGGUGCAAAUGACUUAGCAAGAGCAUCAGCACGUGGACGGCACCCUCUUCCUGUUGGAAGACCAAUACCAAUAGAAACUGGUUCUGGCGAUCGUCUCCCAUCCAUUGACACCAGGCGCCCACGAAUGCAUGAUUCAGAUGCAAUUAUUGAGAUUAUAUGUCAGGCAGAUGACGAAGACGUGGCUGAGCAACAAGAAAAUGAUCCUUCAAAAGUGGAUCUCAGAGGGGAUGAUGAGAUUGAUGACCUUCCACAGGAGGAUACUGAAAAUAAUGAUGUCUUUUCACAAGCAUAUGAUGGUCAUAAGAAGGAACUGGUUGGAGGAAGUGCACAGUUCACAAAAACUGUUCGUGAUGAUGAGAUUGUAGGAGAUGAUGCUUUGCAUUUACCUUUAGAAGCACGUGGGAAAUACCAUACUGGUCGGGAGUUUGGUGUCCCUCAAGAGGAGAGGCGGACAAAUGAAAGAGCAGUUGUUGGGUCCCCUAGUAUGGCUUCUGGUGAAAAUGAAAGAGAAAAGCAACAUGGUGAUAAUGAGAAGGAAGAAUCAUUUGACAGUGGGGAUGGUAAUCACAGUCGUGUGUCAUCUCCAGUCACCAUUGGGUCUGCAGGGGAGCAGGCUGUGAGUGAUAGGGUUAAUACUGAGGAAGAUUUGGUAGCAGAUGGUGGAAGCUUUGAAAUGGAAAGGGAGGAAAUGGCUUUGGAUGCAACCACAAAAAGUAAUCCGCAGGAUGAGGAGAAUUCAAUGCAUUCUACAAGGAAACAAGCACAAAGUUCACGAGGGGAAGAACCUUCCCAAGAAAAUGAUGGCGGAGAAGACUCAAAAGCUGCAAGAAGUAGUGAAAACAGCAAACCAAGAUCAGAAAGUAGUAAAGAUUAUCGGAAGUUCCACGACGGUGUUGAGGACGAAGUCCUUCAGGAUGAUCGCUCUAUGGGCACUGAUAACAUAAGGAGACAAGUGGUAUAUGAGGAUAAUGAUAAUAGGAGAGGUCAUCGUGAGAGACAAGAAACGAGAAGACACCACAUAGCAGUGAAAGGGGGAGAAGAUUCCUAUGCACGUAGAGGUGUGGAUCCUAACUCAUCUGUUCGUAGGCAUGUGAAAAGUGAGAGUAUAGACCGACGAAAGGAGAGUGAUGUUUCUGAAGGAGGCUGGCAUCGAAGAGAUGAGGAUAUAUAUGGGAGAAGGAUGAGAUUCGGUGACACAAGAAACAGAGAGCAUGGUGGGGAAAUUGGGUCCAGGCAUCGGAGCAAGGUUAGAGAAAGUGAGAGGAGUGAAAAAGAUGAAUAUCAACAGCCGAAAAAUCAGUUGGACAAUAGCAGCUGGAGGGGAGAUAAUCAUGAUAAAGAUUUGGGAUCAAAACAUAGAGAUAGGGUCGAUAAUUUCAAGAGAUGGAAUGAAAAAGUGGAUGAUCUUCACAGCAAAAGAAGUAAGGAAGAGGUACCUAUAAGUAGGGAAUACACUGAAAAUGAAGGAUUCUCGCAUAAUCAUAGAGAAAGUAGCAGCCGGCGGAAGAGAGAAAGGGAUGAUGACUUUGAUCAGCGAAAAAGAGAUGACCAGGCUAGAUUGAAGAAUGAUGAUCUACAUUAUGUUAGAUUAAAAGAAGAAGGAUCAUUUCAGAGGGAGAGGAAUGAGAGGCAGAGAGAACGUGAUGAAUGGCAUAGGCUUAAACCGUCCCAUGAAGAAAUUUUAUCAAGGCGAGAGAGAGAGGAAACACGGGCAGGAAUGAGAAGUGCUCGAGGUGCUGAGGACAAAACAUGGACCAGUCAUUCUAGAGGGAAAGAUGAAUAUAAGGGAUCUGGUAGAGAGCAUUACUCGAAGGAUAUCGGGCGGCAGAGCGAGCAACUUAAGAGAAGGGAUCGAGCUGAAAAUGAUAGUCUUUCACAGCAUAGGGGUUAUGAAGAUGUUUAUGCACGUGUGAAUCAACUCAAUAACAAUGAAAAAAGAACAAGACAAGAAAGGUCUACCACUCGUGAAGAACGCAUUGCCUUCGCUUCUGAAACUUCUAGGCUGCAUGAAAAUAAACACAAGGAGAGCAGUAGAAAGAGUAAAGAAUCUGAGAGCGGAGAUCAUAAUUUCUUGAUCCCUUCUAAGAGGAAUCAGGAUGAGCAUAGUGGACAGAGAAGUGAGAUGGUGAAAUCGAGAAGCAGAACCAAUCAUGAAAGCGGUGAAAAUGAGAUCCGUGUGAAUAGUCAUUCUUCCAGAAAGCACAAGGAGGAGGUCUCAUCAGAUGAGGAGCGGCCUAGCUCGAGGCAAGGACGCUCUAAACUGGAACGAUGGACGAGCCACAAGGACAGGGAUUUUGGUAUAACUAUAACUUCCAAAUCAUCUUCAUCGAAGAGUAAAGAUAUAGACACGUACACAGCCAGUGGUGCUUCCUUGGUGCUUCCCAAUGAACCUUCAAAACAGGUGGAGGAUAAGACCCAGCCUUCAUCUAAAGAGAAAGACACUGGAGGUGCAGAAGUCAAUGAUGCUGAUACAAAACCAAUGGAUGACAUACACUUGGACACAGUUGCAAAGUUGAAGAAGCGGAGUGAGCGUUUCAAGCUCCCCAUGCCAAGUGAAAAGGAUGCCAUGGUGAUUAAGAAAAUGGAAAGUGAACCUUUGCCUUCAGGGCAAAUUGAAACCCAGCCAGAUUCAGAGAUCAAACCAGAGCGUCCAGCACGAAAAAGGAGGUGGACUGGAAAUUUGAAGUGA